AAGCUGUACAACAUCUCCUGUCCCUCACUGCGGAGAAAGCCUGGACGGCGUUUCUUUUGAGAAUGCAGCAACAGCAGCAGAUGAGAAUGCUACAAGCGCAGGCAGGCCAAUCUUCGUCGGAAGCUAGCAGAAGAAAAAGGCAGGCGGAGCGCGACACCGCGUUGCACGGUUUGAUCAAGGCACUGUAUCAAGAACUGAAUAGCUUGGUGGUCUCGGCUUCCUCUCCUACAGGAGAAAAUCAUGACGAUGAGACCAUCAAACCAACCUCCUCGCGGAUGGAGAUGUUGAACCAGGACCCCAUGAUGCACCAGGAAGCGAGGCUUCUGAUCCUCAUGAGGCGGCUUCUGUGGUUAUCUAGCCAGGACCUGUCCGACGGGCUGUUGAGCCGCUUUUUGGGAAAUUUUAAAAACUACACCAGCUGGGCGGAGAACGAGGUGCCAGAAGUGGUUCGCUUCAAGAAACAGUUCAUUGCUUAUCUCGAGAUGAAGAUGGCACGACAUCAUGACAAGAACGCCGAUAAUAUUGAGAGUGAAAACGCCCUGAUCGUGGCUGAUUCUGUUCAGGGCAAGAACGGGACUAGUGCCAGCAGCAAUCCGGAACGCCUCGACGUCCUGCAGAAAGUGGAUGAGUUGUUUCUCAUGCGGCAUGGGCAUGAUCUCAACAAAGAAAACGGAAAAGACGCCACCGAAACUGAAACACAAACACCAGACUACUACUCGGCAGAGGACCAGAAGAGGUUAAGUUCUAUUCUGAAGCCCCACACGAUAAACCUGUUACUUUUGACCGACGCGAUCCGCAUCGCCUGGCUGGUUCAGCAUAAUUCUUGCUUUGCAGGAGCUGCUGCUGCUGCUGCUGCUCAAGUGGUGAGCGACCAGCAUGACAAAUCCAUUUCUACAGCCUCUCCACCAUCAUUCCCUCUCGGCCUCCAGCACUUCUUCACGCUCGCCGGAAUUUUUGAAGAGGCGAAAGGGCAAAUGGCGUCGAGAAAUUGUACGAAAACUCCAACGUACGAUUUCGCCUACGAAAUUGGGCAGCUUGGAUACCGCUUGGUGUUUGGUGGAAGUGCUGCUGCAAGAGAAGAACCCGAGGUUCCCUAUCAUUCGAAAUCCAACCUUUUGCUCGGCCACCAGCGCCCUGGAGUGCUCUUCCCACGGUUGCAGCAGGCUCGUCCUUCGGACCUGCGUAUCAGCGGCAAGAAUUAUUGUGCAGGGGAGGACGAGCAGCAUGAUCAGACCGCCAGCCACGUCGAAGAUGAAGAAAUCUUCGCCAAGCCUUUCUGGGACGAAGACAGGAAGAACCCGCACAGCCUCCUCGCCCAAACCAACGAGUACUGGAUCAAGGACCUGGAAAAUUACGGGCACAAACUCAUCAAGAAAGAGCUCGAGCAGUACGAAAAGGAGAUGGAAGAUAAACAAAACAAUUCUUCCACAAAGACCGCUGCUAUUUCCAACGCAAGAAAUUUCGACAAGGACGCUCUAGUGUUUACCCGGCAGACCAUGCAGGAGGUUGAGGGCGCUGAAGUGGAGGAGAAACAAGCCGAACAGCUUCCAGGCCACUACGCCGAAGUCGGCGGCUCCCACCGCACCGGCGGCCAGCAGGACGGGGAUGUAUUGAAACCCGGCGGAAAAUGGCGCGAGAUCGUUUUGUUUGAUUGUGAAACGAAGAAAAAUUUUUUGAAGAAAAACCACGAUUACAUCAGAAACCGUCCGCUGUUCAAAACGAGGCGGUACUUGCGGAAUUUAAUCCCGGAAUUCGUCGAAAUGGCGGAAAACGGGUACGGAGAAAUCAUCUUGUCCGAAUUAUCCGCCGGGUCGCACAUUUUACCGCACUGCGCGCCGAAUAAUUUACGGUUGACGUGCCACUUGGGGAUACGGGUGCCGAAAGAUCAGGGGGAAAACGAAAACAAUAACAAGGCUGGUCCUCUAUGCCGCAUAAGAGUCGGACCUUAUUGGAAAUGUUGGAAGGAAUCCAAAUGCCUGCUUUUCGACGACUCCUUCGAGCACGAGGUGGAAAAUUUCACAAACGAAGCCCGAGUCGUUUUGUUAAUCCGCUUUUGGCACCCUUUGGUCUACACGAAGAACUUGCAAUUACAACACCGCUACGCGAGAACCAUGCUGGAACUGCAACAGACGCUGAAGCAGUUGAUGGUGGUCAUGGGGAAGAGGGAGAGGCAGAAGGAUAAGGAUUUGAAAAUGACAAUGGCAGAGAAAAAGGAAAUUGCGAAGUUUCAGCUGAAGGUGCAGGCUUGUUUGAUAUCAAAUGCAAAAAUGUCUGGGUCUGGAAGAAUGGCUGUUUGUCAUGCUUGUCUGGCAUGAGUUUUAAAUCUGUCAUGCGCGUUACCCAAGAGCUCCCUUUUUCUGUCAUGCAGAAACGCAGAUUGUCAUGCAGAAUAGGCAACACCUGAAAGCUCAAAAACUUGUCAUGCUGGGCCAGCACUUGUGGCCUUCUCAUGAUACGCCACCCAGCAUCACAAAUUUCCAGACCCAGACAUACUUGCAUUUGAUAUUUGAAGUCGAACAUCGAUCUGGAUUUUCUCGAGAAGCAGACGAGGGGCGAUGCAGAUGCUGGACAUGAUAAAGACGGAAAUAGUACAACUUCUAAAUUUCUCGCAAUUUCGGCGGUUGACGAAGAAGUCUGGACGUUCAUCGAGAAAAUCGACUUGGAGAAGCGGAAGCGGAGAGAUUUCUUCAAGCCAGUAGUUUCAUCACAUGCAGGAGGAGCGGGAAAGGUGGAAGGCAGUUUGUCAUGCAGGGACGCGAAACCAAUCGAUUUCAUCGCAGAUUUCAUGCAGCAAGAUGACUACCUGUUCAACCGGCUGGAGUACGAGAAGCAGGCGCCGCCGCACUUCGAAUCGGUUGCCCGCAUGACAGAGCAAAAUUCGCAUGCUAUUCCCCCAUUUGAACUUCUCCAAGCCGCCAACACUAUGGACCGCAUGCUAUUUCACGCGAGUUUUGACGUGGAGCAAGACGAAGAGCAAGAGCAGGUGGCUCUGGACAAAAAUAUCAGCGACGAUGUUCUGGCGGCAAUAAAUGGAAGAUGUUGUCCUUUCUGCGGUGCCGAGGGGGAGGAAUUUAUGCUCCAGCCGGUGUGCUGCAAGGCAAAUACUAAAACCUUAACCUUGCAAGGCACCAAGGAUUCAAAUUCAUCUUCUUCUGUCGAUACCUGGAAUCUGUUCACGAUGUGCUGUCAAAAGGUUUUUUCUUGCCGGGAUUUCGCGGAAAUCAGCAAGAAGAUGGGCGGUGGAGGAGCAGCAAAAUUGAGGGGAAUCAAAUGAGACUCAGAUGAUUGAAGUGGGCUUGAUAAUGAUAAACGAGGUCAGUACGUACGCAUCUGGAGCGGCUGGCAGUCCAGCAUUUCAUUUUGCUCCUCAGAGCAGUAUGAGCUUAUGAUUAUGUAUGUUCAACUUGCAGUUGCAUCAGCGACAAACGAUGCACUUGCACGAGCGACACAUGCUUAAAGGCGACACAUCAUCACGACAGCGCAAAUUAAAACAAG